CAAAAAUUUAUCUGUAUGGUGUUUUGCAAUUUAAGCUUGACUGAUUCCACACAUUAUUUGACCUAUGGGAGACAUCAAGCAAUUCUUGUAUGCCUGGUUAGGCAAACAAAAACUGACACCUGAGUAUGAAUUUAGCUCAGGUGGUGGACCAAAACAUCGUCCCAGAUUUAAAUGCGAGCUGCGAGUUGAAGGCUUUGACUAUGUUGGUGUUGGCAAUUCGACCAGUAAGAAGGAUGCUCAGGCAAAUGCAGCACGUGAUUUUACUCAAUAUCUUGUGCGCAUUGGGAAGAUGAAUGCCAGUGAAGUCCCAGCAGCAGCUCCUGCCCCUUCUAUCCCAGCAGUUGAUCAAACACCAGAAUCAUCAAGUCUGCCUGGUGGAAUUAUGAUGCCGCAUCAGAAGCUCCAAAUGGAGGGUGGAAUUGGAGCUGGGCCAUCUGGGCCAUCACGAGAGUAUCCACUGUACCAAAGAGGCCCCCCACAGGAGUACCUUGAUCGACUUGCAGAGAAGCGACGACUGGAAGAGUCAGAAGAUGUUGACCUCAAUGCAGAAAUUCACGGCAACUGGACUCUAGACAAUGCAAGCAGACUGCACCAGUUUUUGCAGCAGAACAGAAUUCAGGCAGACUACAAAUAUACCAUUGUGGGCCCUGAUCAUAACAGGAGUUUCGUGGCUGAAAUGGGAUUUUUUGUCAAAAAGGCACACCAGCAGAUCCAUGCCCGAGAACAUGGAUCGAACAAGCAGUCAGCCUCCAAAUCAUGUGCCCUUUCACUUGUGAGACAGCUGUACCAUCUCAAGAUUAUUGAGACGUACACUGGUGUCCGUAAAAAGAAGGAAACUGAGAAUCUGCCGCCUUAUACAGUUGCUGUAAGUCCACAGCUUGUGGACCAGUUAAGUUCCUGCCUUCAGCUAUGGGGUAUUGAGCCAGCUCAUGUGAAAGAAAUAUCAUCAGACGGUGAUAGUUCUCAGCCCAUGUCACUUUUGACAAGCAACCUUGAAGAGUUUGAGCCAGCAACUCGUCGUGCAGCACCAGGUGUGGUACCAUGGUCCCCUCCACAGCCAAACUGGAACACAUGGAUCAGCUGCAACAUAGAUGAGGGUCCUCUAGCCAAUAAGUAUGAAAGGAUACAUGUAUACCUGUGCAUGAUAAAUUUCUUUUCAAGAAAUUCUAUUGUACAAGUAUGGGUACUUGCACUGUACAAGAAUGGCGCCAGACAGAGACAGAUACACAUCUUGAAAGCAAUGAUCCAGGAACGCUUCAAGCUGCCUGUAGCAGAAUCACGAGAGCAUAUUUUGCAGUGUAUUCGAAACAGUCAAGUGACACUUGUACGUGGAGAGACUGGUUGCGGCAAAACCACACAGGUACCACAGUUUAUCCUGGACCAAAUGAUAAAUGCUGGAAAAGGAGCUGAUUGUAACAUCAUUGUCACACAGCCACGGCGAAUCAGUGCUGUAACAAUUGCUGAACGUGUUGCUGAGGAACGCAGUGAAAUGCUUGGCUCUUCUGUGGGGUACAGUGUGAGGUUUGAGACAGUCUUGCGGCCGUAUGGAGCCAUACUCUACUGUACAGUCGGUACAUUGCUUCGAAAGAUGGAAGGUGGACUUCGUGGCAUUUCCCAUGUUAUUGUUGAUGAAAUACAUGAGCGAGACAUAAAUACGGAUUUUCUGUUGGUUUUGUUGCGUGACAUGGUUCGCACCUACCCCGACCUCCGUGUGCUGCUCAUGUCUGCCACUGUUGACACAACACUUUUCACAGAAUACUUUGGGAAAGUCACUGUUGUGGAAAUUUAUGGUCGUGUGUACCCAGUUCAAGAGUAUUACUUAGAAGAUUGCGUGCAGAUGCUCAAAUUUAUCCCACCACCUAAUGACAGUCGCAAGAAGAAUUCAAGAGAAGAUGUGCCUGAUGAUGACGAACAAGAGGAAAACUGUAAUAAGCUGAUCAGCAGUGGCUACAGUGAAGCCACUAAGGUUGCCAUGGCCAUGAUACCAGAGAAAGAGUUGUCCUUUGAAUUGGUGGAGGCUUUGCUGCGGUAUAUCAAAGAUCUCGGCAUACCUGGUGCUGUACUUAUCUUCUUGCCUGGUUGGAAUCUUAUCUACAUGCUGCAAAAGCAUCUGGAAUCCUCACCUGAGUUUGGGGGUUCCCAGUACCGCAUUCUUCCUUUGCACUCUCAGAUACCACGCGGAGAACAGCGUCGUGUCUUUGAGCCAGUUCCAGAUGGUGUCACCAAGAUCAUUUUGUCAACAAAUAUUGCAGAGACAAGUGUGACUAUCAAUGAUGUUGUCUAUGUAGUAGACUCCUGCAAGGUAAAGAUGAAGCUGUUUACAUCCCACAACAACAUGACAAAUUAUGCCACAGUGUGGGCAUCUAAAACUAACUUAGAGCAGCGAAGAGGGAGAGCUGGGCGUGUCAGGCCUGGGUUUGCAUUCCACCUGUGCAGUCGAGCUCGUUAUGAAAGGCUUGACCAGCACACAACGCCAGAAAUCUUCCGCACACCCCUUCAUGAACUGGCACUGGCCAUCAAACUGCUUCGCUUGGGGCCCAUUCUCCAGUUCCUGAACAAAGCAGUAGAGCCACCACCAAUUGAUGCAGUCGUGGAGGCUGAAGCCACCUUGAAAGCUAUGCAUGCCCUAGACAGUAAUGAUGAGCUGACACCUCUGGGCCGCAUCCUGGCUCGCUUGCCCAUUGAGCCACAUCUGGGCAAGAUGAUCAUCUAUGGCUGCAUCUUCUACAUUGGGGAUGCUAUGUGCACAAUAGCAGCAAGCACUACAUUUCAGGAGCCCUUUGUCACGCAAAUUGAUCGCAGGCGUUUAGGUUGGGUGCACAAAUCUUUGGCAGGGUCACGGCACAGUGACCACGCUGCCCUGCUCAAUGCUUUCCAGCUAUGGGAAGAAGCCAGAUGUAAUGGAGAAGAAAGAGAAAUGAACUUUUGUGAUCAGAAAUCACUUAACAUGCAGAUUCUUCGCAUGACUUGUGAGGCAAAGAACCAGUUGCGAGACAUACUGGUGAACACAGGGUUCCCUGAAGAGUGCCUAUUGCCACAGUCAUUUGACUUCAAUGGUCCAGACAAUCGCCUGGAUGUGGCCAUCACCUUGCUGUGUAUGGGACUGUACCCCAAUGUGUGCUACCACAAGGAGAAACGUAAAGUUUUGACACAGGAAAACAAGGCUGCUCUCGUACACAAGUCCUCUGUCAACUGUUCCAACUUUGAGAUUCACUUCCCAUCUCCCUUCUUCAUCUUUGGAGAAAAGAUCAGAACACGUGCUGUAUCAGCCAAGCAGAUGACAAUGGUGUCACCUCUCCAACUCUUACUGUUUGCCUCACGAUCAGUCUCAUGGCAGGAGUCGAUGGUGGUGCUUGACAACUGGAUCAACCUACAACUGGAUUCAGAGGUGGCUGCAAAAGUUGUGGCUUUGCGGCCAGCUCUUGAGGCUCUAAUGAUCCGGGCCACCAAAAAUCCUUCAGGGAUAGGUCAUCCAGGCCCACAGGAAGAGAGUCUCAUGUCAGUCCUUCGAGCACUAUCUCGACCCAAUGCUGGACGACAUGAGCUGCCAAUUGAGGGGCAAGCUGGAAACUACCAUGGUCGUCCAGCAAAGAUUUCAAGGAUGGACUUUGAUGGCAGUUUUCAAAGCCGGGGAGGCUAUGGCUGGGGUAGGGGAGCUCAAGGUUACCAAGGGGGUGGAAGAGGAGGGUAUGGUGGCCAAAGCAGUGGCAGGGGAGGCUUCUUCAGUGGUGGAAGAGGUAAUUCUUUUGGAGGUGGCAGAGGAAGUUCCUUCAGCGGUUACAGAGGUGGCUUUGAUGGCAACAGGAGAAGCUUUGGGCGAGGAAGAGGAUAUGGCGGACGUGGUGGCUACUAACCUUUGGGCUUGUUGUGUGAUUGCCUC